UGGCAACAACUAUUUCCAAAGGCAAAACAUGCAGCGAGACAAUCCCCACCACAAACCCGCCAUUUUCCGUUGACCAAAAUCAAAUGUUAGUUACUUCCCUAUAAGCCCAAAAAAAGUAAACAAAUAAACAACCUUAAAAUACAUUAAAAACACACACAACCACAUCUCAGAAUCUUCUUCCUAAUUAAUUUCUCUAACCCAAUUUCAAGAAACAUUACAUAAUCAAGAUUCACCAAAAAAAAAAAAAAAGGAAGAAGAUGAAGAAGCAAUCGAUAGGAUCAUCGUUAAAGCAAUCAACGACGGUCCUUCCGUACCAAACACCAAGACUUCGAGACCAUUACAAUCUCGGCCGGAAACUCGGGCAAGGCCAAUUCGGCACAACCUACCAUUGUGUGGAAAAAGCAACCGGGAUCGAGUAUGCAUGCAAAUCCAUCCCCAAACGGAAGCUCCUGUGCAGAGAAGAUUGUGACGAUGUUUGGAGAGAGAUUCAAAUAAUGCACCACCUCUCCGAAAACUCGAGUGUCGUUCGAAUCAAAGGUACUUACGAGGACAAUGUCUUUGUCCAUUUGGUAAUGGAAUUAUGUGGCGGAGGAGAACUUUUCGAUCGGAUUGUCCAAAAGGGUCAUUACAGCGAACGGAAAGCUGCGCAGUUGAUGAAAACAAUUGUCGGUGUCGUCGAGGCUUGUCAUUCUUUAGGUGUCAUGCAUAGAGAUCUCAAGCCGGAGAAUUUUCUGUUCGAUACGCCCGAUGAGGAUGCUAAGCUUAAGGCCACGGAUUUCGGUUUAUCUGUUUUCUUUAAGCCAGGGCAAUAUUUAUCGGAUGUCGUUGGGAGUCCUUAUUACGUUGCGCCUGAAGUUUUGCAUAAAUUUUACGGACCCGAGAUUGAUGUGUGGAGUGCUGGUGUUAUUUUGUAUAUUUUGUUAAGUGGGGUGCCACCUUUUUGGGCAGGUGAAUUUCUAAAGCCUUAUUUUUUUUCUUUUUUCGAUCGAAAAAGUUUUGAUCCCUUUUCGUCUUUCCUCAAAAGAUUGUGUAUGUUUUUUCGUCUUGCAGAAUCGGAUAACGGGAUAUUCAAACAAAUUCUAAAAGGGAAGAUAGAUUUCGAAUCCGAACCAUGGCCUCAAAUUUCAGACAGUGCAAAGGAUCUCGUACGAAAGAUGCUCGAACGGGAUCCAAAACGUCGAAUUUCUGCUCAUCAAGUCCUUUGUCAUCCUUGGAUUGUGGACGAUAAAGUUGCACCAGACGAGCCUUUGGGAUCCGCAGUAUUAUCUCGGCUAAAGCAAUUCUCUGCCAUGAACAAACUCAAGAAGAUGGCACUUCGUGUUAUAGCCGAACGGCUAUCCGAGGAAGAAAUCGGAGGAUUAAGACAGUUAUUCAAAAUGUUGGAUACAGACAACAGUGGUACAAUAACAUUCGAGGAGCUCAAACAAGGCUUAAAACGAGUAGGCUCCGAGCUAAUGGAAUCCGAAAUCAUGGCACUAAUGAACGCGGCUGAUACAGACAACAGUGGGACGAUAGACUACGGUGAGUUUUUAGCAGCAACUUUACACAUGAACAAGAUGGAGAGAGAAGAGAAUCUUCUUGCUGCUUUCUCUUUCUUCGACAAAGACGGAAGCGGUUAUAUAACCGUCGACGAGCUUCAACAAGCAUGCAAAGAUUUCGGCCUUGGAGAUGUCCAGCUGGACGAAACUAUCAACGAAAUCGACAUUGACAACGAUGGGCGAAUCGACUAUGGGGAAUUUGCUACGAUGAUGAGGAAGGGUAAUCCUGAUAUUGGAUCAAGAACAAUGAGAGGGAAUUUGAACUUCAAUUUGGCUGAUGCUUUGCAAGGUAAAGCCAAGGAGGAAGAGUAAAUGUUUAUAUAUAUGUGUAUAUAUAUACAUAUAUACAUGUAUGUAUAUGUAUACCAUAUCUUCUGUAUAAUUUUUCUGAGAUGUAAUCUUUGAUAUAUCAAUUCCAUGGUGCAAAUGUUUCUUAAUGAAAUAUUAUUUUUUCUUGUAUAUGUUUUAGAAAGAAUUAUUAAUUGAGGAUUCAUUUAUUUUGGCAAAUUUGUUUAAAUACAAAGAUCAACUGUUUUCGAUAAGUUUGUAAACGAAAAACGUUCAAGGCGAAAAUAUAAAUUUUUU